AUGCAGAGCUGCUUACAGAGCUGGCCCGAACCCGUGACCCGGGUCCAAAACUUAUCAGAGAGCGGUAUCCGGGCCAUACCCGACCGCUACAUAAAAAAGCCCGCGGACCGGCCAGUGUCCUCCGACCCGGUCAACCUCGAGAUCCCGGUUGUUGACAUGCAGGGACUCUUGUCUGACGACAUUGAAAUACGCCGGAAAACGGAGGCCUCAAUAGAUUGGGCCUGCAGGGAGUGGGGUUUUUUUCAGGCGACAGGCCACGGAGUGGGCCCGGAGCUAAUGGGCCGGGCCCGGGAGGCGUGGAGGGGCUUUUUUGGGCUGCCAAUGGAGGAGAAGCAGAAGUACGCGAACUUGCCGGCGACUUACGAGGGUUACGGGAGCCGGCUCGGGGUGGAAAAUGAUGUGGCGCUCGACUGGAGCGACUAUUUUUUCCUGCACUACUUGCCGGAGAGUAUCCGGGACGAGGGGAAGUGGCCAAGCCAACCGGACUCAUGCAGGGAACUUGGGGCAGAAUACAGCCGACAAGUGGUUGAACUUUGUGGGAAAUUAAUGAAGAUAUUGUCGAGAAACCUAGGCCUUGGAGAAAACUAUCUUCAAGAAGCAUUUGGCGGGCCGGACGAAUUGGGCGCAUGCAUGAGGGUUAACUAUUAUCCAAAAUGUCCUCAGCCCGACCUCACAUUGGGCCUUUCGGCCCAUUCUGACCCGGGCGGCAUGACAAUUCUCUUCCCUGAUGAAAACGUAUCGGGCCUCCAAGUCCGCCAUGCCGGCAAUUGGGUCACUGUCAAGCCCAUUCCAAAUGCCUUCAUAGUUAACAUAGGCGAUCAAAUGCAGAUUUUGAGCAACGGAAACUAUAAAAGUGUGGAGCACAGAGUGAUAGUGAAUUCGGAGAAAGAGAGGGUAUCGUUGGCAUUCUUCUACAAUCCGAAGGGCGAUAAGGUCAUUAAGCCGGCCGAGCAGCUCGUCACAGCCGAGCAACCGGCACUCUAUCUGCCGACGACUUUCAACGAAUAUAGGCUCCACAUGAGGACAAAGGGUCCUAGUGGCGCGAACAAUUCCAGUACGGCGAGCGCUAUAAUCCUUGUAAAACUCCUCUACUGUGCGGCCCCCGAGGAAACCGACACCAUUGCAGCUCGAGAGCUAAACCCUAGCCACCAUCUUCCUCCACCACCAUCCUUCAUUUUUUCCGGCCAACCACCGAGCUCCGGCGAACCGCCGUUCGCGCAGUCCGAGCAUCGCGUCCAAGCCACCUACACACGCCCUUCACGAGCCCGAGUCCACCCACGUCCGCAGCCAUCGGUUCCAGCCGUCCCCGAGCCGCUGCACCUUGGCCCGCCGUCGUCCUGUCGAGCUCAGUUUCACAGCUCCGGGGACACAAACCCGCAGCCACGUCUCCACCGCAGCUCACAGCCGGCAACCACGCCACCAGCCGCGGUUCCCUUUCCUCCCGCUGCUCAGCCGGCGACGCCACCGCAGCUCACCAACGGCGACCACCCUCACCCCGUUGCAGCUCAGCUUCCCGCCGGCGAGCUCAUUUCUCUUCGGUUCCAGCCCUUCACCUCGCCUCGUCGUCCGAAUAGCUCAACCUCGCCGGAAAAGCACACACACGACGAUUUCACAGCCUCUAGUCGCCGUUCUCGCGAGCUCAGCUGGUUAAGCUCCAACCAAGCCGCAACAGCCUUCAAACGCCAGAAACUCGCGAUUUACGACCCCGUCCAAGCCUCCUUCACGCCACCACGAGCUCCUCCACGUCGGAAUCGCGCCGGCGAGCCAGCCAGAUCUCAGACCCGAGCUUAA